AUGGGAUUCUUCACACCUCAUCCUCAGCUGGCUUUCAUAUUUGGUGUCUUGGGUAACAUUGUUUCAUUCUUGGUGUUCUUGGCACCAGUGCCAACCUUUUAUAUAAUUUGCAAGAAAAAAACUGCUGAGGGAUACCAACCAAUUCCUUAUGUGGUUGGACUUUCCAGUGCAAUGAUGUUACUGUACUAUGGUAUGCUUAAGACGAACGCGAGCCUGAUCAUCAGCAUCAAUGGCAUAGGAUGUGCUAUAGAAGUUAUCUAUCUAGUAUUAUACAUUAUAUAUGCACCUAAGAGGGAAAAGGUUCUUACAGUGAAAUGGAUAAUCCUGUUCAACCUUGGAGGUUAUUGCUUGAUCAUGGGACUCGCCAAUUUAUUUACCGAAGGGUCCAAACGUGUAACUGUCGUAGGAUGGAUCUGUGCUGUUUAUAACGUUGCAGUAUUUGCUUCUCCUUUAGGCAUCAUGAGGCAUGUCAUAAGGACUAAAAGUGUGGAACACAUGCCAUUUUUUCUUUCCUGUUUCCUCACAUUAUGCGCCACAAUGUGGUUCUUCUAUGGAAUUUUCGUAAAGGAUUUCUACAUCGCUUUGCCAAAUGUGUUGGGUUUUUUGCUUGGAAUUGCACAAAUGAUCCUUUAUGUCAUAUACAAGAAUGCAAGUAAGGAUGUCGAAAUAACAGAAAAGCAGCAGAAUGGAGACAUAGAGUUAAAGCUGAGCUCAGUGGCGGAUGUAAAUCCAUGUUUGUCAGAAAAUCAACUGGAAAUCAGAAAAGAAUAA